GAGUACGCUCUGGAGCUCUUCGGGCCACAACAUCGGCAUCGUCGCUUCAAAAUCAGUCCAUUGUGGCGCAAUGCUGGCCCAGUCCGCCGCAGCACCCCGGCGCAGUGCAAGCUCAGCAGCCAGAAGGCCAUGAAUGGACAUGUCCCGCGAAAGUCUGCGAGAAAUAUCCUCCGGGACUGUGUGUAGGCUGCGGAUAGCCUGGACAGGUAUAUUCAUGAUAACAUCCCCUUUCUAGCGACUCGUCAGACGUGAAGAAGUGGGGGAAAUCGCUCAACAUACAUCUAGGUCGCGGGUAGCCACCAUCCCAAUUCCUCGUCCAGGGAGGACGGUCGGGGUGACACCAAAGACUUUGACCCCAUCUUCGUCGGCUCUGCGAAGCAGGCUGUCAAUGGCGUCCAUGUUGUGCCCAGGGAGGAGACGCUGGUAAUUGUUCUGAAGCUAGAGCCCGUGAGCGAAGGGUGGAAUGUAUUCCACGUGAUUGAAGCUAUUGUUCAGCGGGUGAUUUUGCUUUCCGCUGCUGCCCUGUCCGGUGGCCGAGGGCUUGGUAGAAACCUACAAGUACGAAGUAGUGGGCCGGCGGUCCAGCCCGAGACUGUUCCCCCGCACGUGUUGGGGGCCCGCCUGCGCCCCCAAGUACCUGCUGCCGGCCAUGUACUAGUUAGUUAUAUACUACCUUAUGCAUGCGGAGCUUGGUAAGUCUGGUGGUGUUGGAUAUUGGCCUCCUGUCUAAAGAAAAAGUGAACGACGCUUCAUUAUCGGGGGAGGUGUCACGAUGCCGCCGCCGCCACUCGACGGCCACCAGCAGCAGCAGCAGCAGCAAGGCCAGGUGCGAUCACCACCACCACCACCACCACCACCACCACCACCACCCAAGCUGAGCAUCCACCCGCCGCUGCUGCUCAACACCGCCUGCCCGUGGGCCACCACCGCGGGCGACCUGGCGGCGCUGCUGUCGUGCGCCGCCACGGGGGCCGUCACCACGCGGACGAGCCUGCUGGGCGGGUUUGCGCACGACGACGCGGCGCACCGGUUCGUGCUGUUUGACCCGGCGACUGGUGCGACGAUGGGGCGACGGAAGAGGAGGGGGAGGGGAAUGGGAACCAGAAGGGCUGCUGUGGACGACGGCGUGGAAAGGGAUGAGAAGGAUGAUGACGAUGAUGACGAUGAUGAUGAAGCGGCAGGUGCUCAUCAUGGUAAAGGCGGCGAUGAUGCCACAAACGUACCGGUCGGCAGCGUCAACUCCCUCGGCUACAGCCCCAUUACGCUCGACGGAUACCUCGCUAUACUGAGGGACCUGUCUUCGUCGUCGUCGUCUUCAUCGUCGUCGUUGUCGCCGCCGCCGCAACAGCUGCCCGCCCACGCAUUCCGCAAGACCGUCAUCGUGAGCGUCACGGGCGACCCGCCCGCCGUGGCGCGCUGCUGCGAGCGCACUCGUAGCAGCGCGUCCGCCAUCCGCUUCCCCCUCGCCGUCGAGGUCAACCUCUCCUGCCCCAACAUCCCCUCCGCACCCCCGCCGGCCUAUUGCCCGCGCGAGCUCGACGCGUACCUCGCCGCCCUCCCCGCGCCCGUCGUUGUCGUCGCCGCCGCCGGCACUACUACUGCCACUGCCACUAGCACCACCAUCACUACCACUGCCACUGUCACAACUGCUGCUGAACGCGGCGAUGGUGGUGAAGGUGAAGGUGGUGUUGCUGGUGGUGUUGCUGAUGGUGUUGCUGGUGGUGGUGGUGGUGGUGAUGCUACUGCCGCUCCCCGCCGGGCACUCCCCAUCGGCAUCAAGCUCCCACCGCUCACCUACGCCACGCAGUUCGACGACCUGGUCCGCGCGCUGCGUCCCCACGCGUGGAAGCUGAGCUUCGUGACGGCGGUCAAUACGCUCGGCUCGUGUCUCGUCUUUGAUGAUGACGACGACGACGACGACGACGACGACGACGACGACGAGCGGGAGAAGUACGGCAGCAGCAGCAGCGGCGGCGGCGGCGGUGGUGGGGCCGGGAGCGGGAUCGGGAGCGGGAGCGGAACCGGGCGAGACAGUCGGGGCGGGACGCUGAGGGGCGGCAUGGCGGGCGCGCCGCUCCACCCGAUGGCCCUGGGCAACGUCUCGACGCUGCGACGGCUGUUUGACGGGUGCGACGAGCUGCGCCACCUGGACAUCGUGGGCGUGGGCGGCGUGAGUGACGGGGACGGGUAUCGGCGGAUGAGGCGGGCCGGCGCUGCCGCCGUGGGACUGGCCACGGGGCUGGGGAGCAGAGGCGUCACCGUUUUUGAUGCCAUCGCCAAGGACAUAAAUUCACCGUGGUAGCGAGUGCAGGGCGAGCGCCAUCCCGUGACCAAGUCUCUACUAUUCAGUUCAUCCAGCUGGCAUCCCUGAUGCCCUAUAUGUCUUUCGCUUUUAUAUACCGCCGUAAUAUGUACACGAUGCUGCGCGCAUGUCUGACGCUCGACAUCUGGGGGUAUCUUGUAUCCGAGCGCGCCGGCUGCUCCCCAAUCCCAAUCCAUAUCCCAAAUGCCCGUACUUGACGAGUUUCCUCUUUCAGAACCCCGGAUCCAACCC